AGGAAAGGGCUCCCUCCUCGCUGCUUGUGAGGCGGUCCACCCUUUAGGGCCCCUCUUCCCUCUGUGAGCUGGUUCAGAUCCAGGGGCCUCACCUGCAGGAAGCCACAGUGCCACCUUUUGGUGAGCCCGUGGGGUGGAGAAGGGGCCCGCGCCCCCUGCCCGUUAGCUGAAGGCAGUGGCACUGCCCGCUACGCCCCACGCCCACCUGCCUGACUUGUAAGGGCAGCUGGGGGCCUCGCGCCCUCCAGGCCUGGCACCAGAGUUGCUUUCUGAGUUAUCAGUUCGGGUGGAAAUACAGCAGGUCCUCGAAUAAUGUCGUUUCAUUUAACAUGGAUGAGACGCGUUGGGGACUUCACUCUUGUUUAGAACAAGGAGGCUUGGGGUGAAACUGGCUUCAUCGUCUGUCAGUUCACCACAGUUGCAAGAACCCACCGACCGUGUCAGGUGAGGACAUACUGUAAACUCCUGCUUUCUAGAGCAUGAGUUCUCGCUUCCUCUUUUCUCCUCUGGACUUUCCCCAGAGGAAGAGAAAGCGGAAGGCCCAGGCCUGGGGAUUAGCCGAGGCCGCGCCCAAUUCAAGGUGUGGAGUGUGGGGAUCGGGAGGGAAGGGCAGGCCCGGCCCACAGACCUCACCAUCGGGGAAGAGCUGUUCUGUAGAGCGGGGCCCAGGGCCGUCCUCCCGGUGGCCCGAGGGAGUGUGCCGGCUCCUGUCCGAAGUGCGGGCCGGCCUCAGUGUGAUCCAGCUGGAGUUUGAUUCCUGCCCCUCUUUGCCGUGAGGAGGUCGCUCUUUAUCUCCGGGCCCUGUGGGCCCAGAGCCCUGGCACCGGCCACAGCAGAGGAGACGCCACUCUGGGCCAGCCCCGGGCCUGCUGGGUGCCCAGUGUGCUGCCAGACCGAGAGCGCGGUCUUCGCGGGUGUGGGCGCGCUGAGCGGAGGGACACGCUGCUGCUGCUGCUUCCAGGAGCCUCACCGGAAUGGCCGAGGGACGCUUUUACCUGUCGGUCCUGGCGCUGUCCUCCCUGGGCUCCAUGUGUGUCCUCUUCACCGUCUAUUGGAUGUGGAGCUGGCACGGUGGCUUUGCCUGGGAUGGCAGCAUCCUCACGUUCAACUGUCACCCGGUGCUCAUGGUGGCUGGCCUGGUGGUGGUCUACAGCGCUGCGUCACUGGUGUACCGCCUGCCCCAGUCCUGGGUGGGACCCAAGCUGCCCUGGAAAAUCGCCCAUGCGUCCCUGCACCUGCUGGCCUUCAUCCUGACCGUGCUGGGGCUGGUGGCCGUCUUCAGAUAUCACAACCAUCAGCACAUCGCCAACCUCUACUCCCUGCACAGCUGGUUGGGCAUUACCACCGUGUUCUUCUUCGCCUGCCAGUGGCUCCUGGGCUUCACUGUCUUCCUGCUGCCCUGGGCGUCUCUGUGGCUGCGCAGCCUCCUUAAGCCUGUCCACGUCUUCUUCGGAGCCUCCAUCCUCGCUCUGGCCAUGGCGUCCGUCAUUUCCGGCAUCAAUGAGAAGCUCUUCUUCAGCCUGAAGAACGCCACCAGGCCCUACUCCAGCCUGCCCGGCGAGGCUGUCUUUGCCAACGGCACUGGCAUGCUGGUGGUGGCCUUCGGGCUGCUGGUGCUCUACGUCCUGCAGGCCUCAUCCUGGAAACGCCCGGAAGUGGGGAUCACGACCGAAGGACAGCCCCUGUUGCGUGAAAGGGAGUGAAGCGAGGGGACACAGGAGCGGUUGGGGUGCGUCUGGACUCCCUCAGCACCUCUGCUCUACCUGGGGCUCCCGGCAGUUUGCCGAGCCCCCACCUCGCCCGCCCCAUGGGCUGCUCUCUCCGCCACGUGCUGCCUAUGCGUCUCUCGGUGCUCUGACUUCCGCUCUCCUUCCUGGCAUCGACUUGUGAGGGCCUCCCUGUACACAGGCCCUUCCUGCCCUGGCUGCGUGCGCACCCCUGCUCCCUGGCUCAAGUCCAGCCGAGCUGGUUCCCUAGACACCUCGGGAGGUGGUGGCAAGUCCCAGCAGCUCCGAUGGCCCGACUCCAGCGCCGUCUGUAAUGUGAAGUCAGCUCUCCCUGGGACGUGCAUGUCAUUUAGGCACCCGCCAUGGCUGGCCCCUGGACUUGAGGCUGGGAGGGAGGGGAUGACAGAGCAGCUCUGCAGGGAAACUGAGGCUGCCUGCUCUUCGCCGUUCUGUUCAUCUCAAGUCCACUGUGACCGUGUGGCGCCAUCGCUUCUCGCUGCUGCUACAGCCGGGACCUGGAUCCGGCCUGUCCCCGCCAGGCAGCCAAGGAGCCUGGAACCUGCUGUCCCCAGCUGUCCCAGCGGGGAGGGCUGGCAGGGGUGCCUUACUCUCCUUCGCCAGGUUAGGGCUUCCCUGCCUGUCCCCAGCCCCCACGACACAACCAGCGUUGGGUGCUUUGUCCCAGCAGAGCCGAGGACCACGGCCACCUUCGCAGGUUUUCGCUGAGCACGAGUGCCUCACUGCUCCCACAGCGGCUGCUGCAGGCCCCAGCCCGCCUCGUGCAGAGGGCAGUGCGAGCGGAGCUUUUUGGAGAAGUGGGGGAGGGGCCUGGCUCGUCUCCUACGUGUUGGGGCUUUGGCUUUUCCUGCCGCCACAUGAGUCCUGCUGGGUCCCGGGGCCACACUGCUGUGCGCAGAAGGCGAGCAGCUGACGCCCGGGUCUGAGCGUGCUUCCUCUCCGGCCCAUGGCGAUGAGGCCAGAUGCCAGCAGGAGGACUCUGCCUGAAGGCUCCAAAGCCACCUCGAUGGCUGCCAGGCAGCUGGGUCACAUGACCCCCCCGACCACAUGGGUAGGCAUUUCACCUGUUUGUAAAGCCUGAUUCUCAUUAAAUAUGUUUUUAAGAACCAAA